UCAACACCAUCUUCUUCCUCUUCCAUCAUGAACUUCUCUGCUACCUUCAUUAUCAAGAAUGCCGUUUCUCUCUGUUGUUUCUGUGUUCUUCUAUGUUUUGCCACCAAAGUCUAAAUAUUGAUCAAACUAAAACCCAUAAGAUAUAUAUUAACAUGCUGUGAUUAUAGGGUCUAUACGAUUUGGGAGGAAGAACGUUUUGGAUCCACAACACAAACCCAAUGGGCUGCCUCCCAUACAUGCUGGUCAGCUUCCCAGACGUCGCGGCCCAAACUGAUAGCAUUGGCUGCGCCGAGCCUUUUAAUCAGAUAUCUCAAUACUUCAAUUCCAAGUUGAAGGAGGCCGUUCUCCAGCUCAGAAAAGACCUUCCCUCGGCUGCCAUCACAUACGUGGAUGUUUACUCAGUCAAGUACGAGCUAUUGAGCCACCCCGAGAAAUAUGGGUUUGAGCAUUCACUUGUAGCUUGCUGUGGCUAUGGAGGCAAGUACAACUACAACAAUGAAGUGGUCUGUGGAGGUACAAUCACUGUUAAUGGCACCGAUAUAUUCAUCGGAGCGUGUGACCGCCCUUGGGUCCGAGCAAAUUGGGAUGGAAUUCACUACACUGAGGCAGCUAACAAGUUUGUUUUUGAUCGAAUCUCCAGUGGAGCAUGCACGGACCCGCCUGUUCCCUUGAAAAUGGCAUGUCACAGGAGGGAUUCCCGUUAAAUUAGGAAUCAAUCACUAAUAAGAGCCAUAUCGCCAGAAAAUAUAUCUGGAUGACUAUUACUAUUGUUAAUUGGUUGUUAUUAUCUAUACUUGCAUGAAAUAAAAGAGUUUGGAUUAUCAAAA